GGACACAUGUUCGUCCCUCCUCCCGUAUGUCAGCCGUGUUGUUUAACAUGUUUCCAUCCCGCUGCGUUGAGGAGUCUCAGUCCGUCAGAUCUUUGACCAAACCUGCUGUUAAAUCCUCUAUCUUCAUGGAAGUCGUAGAGCCGUCGGGCAGCGCUGUCAACCGCUUGCUGCUGCUUCAGAGGAUUAACAUGUGCUAAACGUGCUAAGCUCGCUAAUAAUAACACUGUCAGAGACAAGUUUUGGACAGAUCGUUGCACUCUGGAAACUGUUACAGAAAUGCAAGUCAAGGACGUCUUCGUGUCUGCUCCAGGGAAGGCGAUCCUCCACGGAGAGCAUGCGGUUGUGCACGGAAAGGUGGCUCUUGCUGUGAGUUUGAACCUGAGAACAUAUUUAUGGUUGAAAGGCACCACUACUGGCAAUGUUUGCAUCAACCUCCCAAAUAUCGACACAUUCCUCUGCUGGGACCUCUCUGAACUGAAGCCGCUUAUUCCUUAUUCAUGUGGUAAGAGGGAGGAGGUGAAACGUCUGGAUGCGGACCUUGUGAGGAGACUGCAUGAAUUUCUUGGUGUCACCAAUGGAAACUUGGAUACUUGCAACAUGGCCACCAUAGCCUUCCUUUACAUCUACCUCUCAGUAUUUGGAUCAGGUGAGCUGCCCAGCUUGACGCUGACUGUGUGGUCUGAGCUGCCUACUGGAGCAGGACUGGGGUCAAGUGCUGCCUACUCUGUGUGCCUAAGUGCAGCUCUGCUCUGUGCAAGUGGAACCAUCCCCGCUCCUCUCAAAGAGUGGGAUCACACUGCCAGGUGGUGUCAGGAGGACCUAGAGCGGAUCAACAGCUGGGCUUUCCAAGGGGAGAUGAUCAUCCAUGGUAAUCCUUCUGGAGUAGACAACGCUGUAGGAACAUGGGGUGGCAUGCUGAGAUUCUUGGCCGGGAAGAUAAUACCGCUGAGCAGGGUGCCGUUAUUAAGAAUCCUCCUCACUAACACCAAAGUACCGCGUAGCACCAAGGUACUUGUUGCCAGGGUGAAGGACAAGAUUAACAAGUUUCCCUCCAUCAUGAACCCGGUGCUUGACUCAGUUGAUGCCAUUUCCUGCAAUUGUGAGAGAGUCCUCUCAGAAAUGACCUGUGAGCCCAUCACUGGAGAGCACUACAAUAUUCUAGAGGAGCUCAUUGACAUGAACCAGCACCAUCUGAAUGUGAUGGGUGUGGGGCACCCUUCACUGGACACACUGUGCCGGGUCACAUUGACCAAAGGGCUCCAUAGCAAGCUAACCGGCGCAGGGGGAGGAGGCUGCGGCAUCACCCUUCUGAGACCAGAAACGGACUCCUCUGUUGUCCAGACCACAAUGCAGGACUUGAAAGACUGCGGCUUUGACUGCUGGGAAACGAGCAUUGGCACGCCGGGUGUCCAGCAGCACUCUGCACUCUCGGUUAAAGAGGAAGUUCUGGAGAUUUUAAACCGCUACUGAGGCUGAACAAGAGGACCCUUUGUCUUCUUACCUCAAGACCUGAGAGCGAUGCUCAACUAACGAAGUGCGACGAGUGCACCGAGUGGAGCUGCACAGAACUUCAUGGAUUUUCCCAACAAUCAAAUCUUUUUUUAAACUAACAACAAAGCAACUGUGUCUCUAACAAAUUACUGAUAUUCAUUUUGAAAUGUGGGGAAAUGAUUGCUCAAGGGCACAGUUAUAUGUAUUGAGCGCUUUGUCCACUAGAUGGCAUCGGAGUUGCACAACUGCUUUUUAUGGGAACAUUUUUAUGGUAAGAGGCUCUGAUAAAUUGAUUAAUAUAUAUGUGAAGCACUGGCAGAAUUAAUUUAUAUCUUCAUUCAAAUGUUAAAUGCAAGGGAGCCAACACAUGUUAAUGGAUCAGAAGACUGUCAGUCAUCAACUGCUCACCGUCAGCAUUGUAACAUGCAAUGUUGUAACAUAAUCGCUAGAGUGAAGGUGGUUAUUUGACAGAAAAUGAUUGAUAAAUGUAAUUGUUUUUGCUUCUUUAACAAAAUCCAAUGUUUAUUAUUCAGAUUUCUACAAAGAGGUUUAUCAAAGUAUCUGUGCGUUGAUAUUUCUUUGCAUCAUAUUCAAUGUUGGUGAGACCAGGAAAUGAUGGAAAUGGCAUAAAUAUACAUUCUGAUGAGUUAUUAUAAAUACAGUUGUAUGCUGCUUUGAAUCAACAUUCAACCUAUUGUGUUAUUUUGAUUUACCGUGAACAUAAAAGCAAAUACAAAAUAAUGCUGAAACCAAA